AUGAUUCUAGAUACAGGCAGUGCCUUGACUAUAUGUCCUUCUGAGAUAUUUUAUGAAAAAUUUUCUAACCUCAAACUUAGGCCAGCAAAUGUGAAACUUACUACUUAUUCAGGUCAUGAUGUACCUGUUCUGGGACAAGUGAAUGUCGAUGUUAAAUAUAAUAAUCAGCAGGCGAGUUUGCCUUUGACAGUAGUUAGUUUAGAAAGUAAGAGUCAACCGAUUCUGUUGGGCCGAAACUGGUUAGGUCAGUUGAGGUUAGAUUGGCAAAACGUGUUUUCAUGUAAAGCCACUGUGGAUCAUAGUUCUGAUGUGGAUAUUGCUAAGUUGAAGAGUAAAUUUAGGUCAGUUUUUCAGCCUGGAACGGGCGAAAUUAAAGGUGUUAAGGCUCACAUUGUUUUGAAGGAAGGGACAGUCCCUAAGUUCUGUAAGGCGAGACCAGUGCCUUUUGCGUUAAGGGAGAAAGUUGAGAGUGAGUUGGACCGAAUGGUUCAAGAGGAUGUUGCGUACAGAGUUACUAAUUCACAGUGGAGCACUCCACUUGUGGUUGUCCCUAAGCCUAAUGGUGUUCGAGUAAACCAACAAAAGUGUAAGUUUUUGCAAUCUUCAAUAGAGUAUUUAGGACAUGUGAUUACCCGAGAUGGUCUCCGUCCACAAGAAAGCUUGUUAACUGCGCUGCGUAAAGCGCAUGAGCCUAGUACUAAGGAAGAGUUAAGAGCCUAUAUUGGUCUAAUAAAUUAUUAUCAUGCAUUUAUACCUAACUUGUCUGCUAGAAUAAGCUGUUUUUAUGACUUAUUACAUAAGGACCAUCCAUGGGUGUGGUCGGAUGUGUGUUCUAAGACCUUUCAGGAGAGUAAAUCAUGGGUGUUGGACUCAAGUUUGUUAGUUCACAAUGAUGUAAAAAAGCCCAUAGUUUUGACGUGUGAUGCGAGUCCCAGAGGGGUGGCUGCAAUUCUAUCUCAUCUCAUCGAUGGUCAGGAAAGGCCAAUUGCCUUCGCAUCGAAAACGCUAAGUUCCAGUGAACGGAAUUAUUCUCAGUUACAUCGGGAGGCUCUGGCUUUGAUCUUUGGAGUCAAAAAGUUUCAUAAGUAUAUAUAUGGACGACAUUGUAUUUUACAGACUGAUCAUCAGCCGUUGACGGCUAUUUUUGGCUCUAAAAAGGGCGUUCCUAGUAUGUCGGCAGCUAGGCUGCAGAGAUGGGCCUUGAUUCUAUCAGCAUAUGAUUUGGAGGUUAGGUACUGGAAGGGAGUGGAUGUCCCUCAUGCUGAUGCGUUGUCUAGGCUACCCUUAGCAGAAGCGGAACCUAUACAGCUGGAUGCUAAUUUUGUUUCACAUGUAGAUGUGUGUACAGAAGUGAUGAACAAUUUCUGUGUUGUCAAGGACAUUGCACCUAUUACUGCCUUGCAUAUAGGUAAAAUGACGGAUAAGGAUCCGAUUCUUUCGAAGGUCCGAGAUUUUGUGAUGUACGGUUGGACGAGCUCGGUUGAGCCGGAACUAGCUAUUUUUCUAAGGAAGAAGGACGAGUUGUCCGUGGAACAAGGUUGUUUGCUGUGGGGUUCUCGUGUAGUGAUUCCAAAGAAACUGUAUUCAUCUGUGCUUCAAAUGUUGCAUGAUCAACACCCGGGAGUUACACGCAUGAAGAUGCUGGCGAGAAGUUAUGUCUGGUGGCCAGGCAUGGAGAAGUCGAUUGAAGACGUGGUGGCCUCUUGUUCUGCUUGUCAGUUAACUAGGAAUUCGAUACCUAAAGUACCGUUGCAGCAAUGGCCUACAACAUCAACCCGAUGGCAGAGGAUACACAUUGACUUUGCGGAGGAUCCAGAGUCGAGACAGCAACUUUUAGUUUUGAUUGACACAUACUCUAAAUGGUUAGAGGUAUUUAUCAUGAGUUCCAUGAAUUCUUCCAAGGUUAUUGAGAAACUCCGUACCUUGUUUUCAUCGUAUGGAUUGCCUGUCGAACUGGUGUCGGACAACGGAAGAUCUUUUACUAGUCAAGAGUUCAAAACCUUUUUGCAUAACAACAAUGUGAAGUUUACAUUAACUCCCCCGUAUCAUGCUGCUUCAAAUGGAUCUGCAGAGAGAAGUGUUCAGGAGGUCAAGAAAAACCUUUUGCGUCAAGUGAUUGAGGAACAUCAGUGUUCUCAGCAUACCACUCUUCAAAUGAAAUUAAAUAAUUUCUUGUUUGCGUACCGCAACACUCCAAAUACAGUUGCUGGCUUAACCCCUGCAGAAAUGUUCCUGUCUUGGAAGCCUCGUACACAGUUGGUUAUGUUAAAACCCAAUCUCCAGUCAUCCAUUGAUCAAAAACACAGGGAACAAAAAGAUGCAGCUGAUAGGCUUAGGGGAAGAAGUAGAUUUUUCUCAGAAGGUCAGGCAGUCUAUGUCAAAACUGUCCGAAAUGAAAAGAUUUCUUGGGUUCCUGGCAAAAUAAUUCUACAGAGAAGUCCGGUCACCUAUCUUGUGAGUGUCAUUGGUGGAAAACCCCGAUUUUGUCAUGCAGACCACUUGAGAGCUCGGUAUGCAGAAGAGGAGGAGAUUUUUGUAUCACCCAAGGAUCCCGUUGUAUCACCCCAAGUACCCAAGAAUUCAUCCCCACCGGAGGAUCGACCAACUAGUCCCCUGAUGAUGUCACCUGUACCUAGGCCUACUACCAGUCCCAGGGAGAGCCUAGGGCAAGCCCAGCCUCAGCCAACUCCUGCGUCGCCGCUAGCACAGUGCAGCCCACCACCCUCGCUGAGGAAGUCUGGACGGACUGUGCGAAAGCCUCACAGGCUGGACUUGUAA